AUGGCAAAUAUUUGGACAGACAACGAGACAAAGCUUCUGAUCACAAUUUGGAGGGAUCAGAAUAUACAACAACAACUAGAAAACCACAGCAUCCGCAAUAAAAUAGUGUACGAGAAGCUUGCAAAAGGUAUGGCGGAUGGUGGCUUCAACAGAAACGCAAAGCAAUGCCAGUCGAAGAUCAAGCAUCUGAGGGAGAAGUACAGAACGUAUAAAGACAAGAUAGCUAGAUCUGGUGCUGGUGCAAGCAAACCACCGAAAUUUUUUAAUGAAAUAGACGAAAUGCUUGGGACAAGACCGCAAACACGCCCAACGUUUUUGCUGGACAGUGGGAAUGCCGAUGCAGAUAAAGAAAGCAGCAGUAGUUCCGAAUUUAGCCGUAAGUACAAUGGGUCAUUCCAUUUAAUAUAGGCACACUCCUGGAUAUUCUAUAGGAGAAGGUCUUGAGAAGGUCUUGGUUUUGAUAGGGAGAUUUUACUUUAAAUUUUCCUAGAUGAUUGCUUAUUUGCUUGAGAGAUUUUCAAAACAAUUGCAAAAAUUAGGUGUUUGAGUGAUAUCCAAGGGGGCAAAAACAAGAUCUUAAAGGGGGUAGAGAUAUAUCCAUGGGGAACAUCUAAAAAUUGCAUCCAAGGGGCUUCCAGAAUUUUUAUAUGUGGGGUGUGCAUAUAUUAAAUGGAAUGCCUAAUGAUUCCUCCUCUAUAAAUCACAUACAACAUAGAAUAACUAAAACUAUACCAACUGUGUUUCUUGAUUUGCAGCAAACCAGGAAGAUCAGAACAGCAGUCGUUCAUAUGGCAGUAAAGAAGAAUCAAAUGCCGGUAUGAAUAUGUAAUAUAUCAUCAUGAUCAAGCAUGUCAUAUAUAUAUAUAUAUAUAUAUACAAUACUUUAUUCUCUUUCUUUUAGAUGAGGAUUCUAAUGAUGAUUCUCUGUUAGACCAGUCACUGAACAGCAUAAAUUCCACUACCGGUACUAGAAGUAAACACCAAGCUGGAACAAGUGUCACCGAAGGUACAUUUAUUACAUUUGUUUAUCAUUUGCUCAUGUAUUAUAAUCAUCUGUUGUAAAUUCCUUCAUGUUACAGUACACUAUGGAACAAAUUUUUACAUUUGAUUUUGAAUAAUUAUUGCUUUCAAGUUUGUAUUAAACACUGAAAAGAAUAAUAAAUUUUAAGACAGAAAAUGAAGCAAUUCUUUUUAUAUAUCCCAUUUACAUUGCUACAGAGUGCCCAAAGAAACGAAUGACCCGCCAUAUGCCCAACAAAUUUGAGUCUGUUGUUGAAAGUUUUAAGGAGGUCCUAACUGGGCAGCAAGAGGAAAAUGUCACACUGACUACCUCAAUCCAACAACAAUGGCUGGAGUUGGAGAAACAACGCAUCCAGCAUGAAAAGGAAGAGAGGGAACAUGAACGGCAGCAUGAGUUCAGAAUGAUGCAGCUUUUUAGCACAAUGGUCAAUCAAGGUGGUAUGCAGAUUUCACAACAGUAUACCAGUGUCCCAUCUACAAUCCAACAGAAUCAGCCCACAUAUACUGACAUAAGCCACUCAUCACUUUCAAGCAAUGAAUACAUUCCGAACUUUCAUUUCCACUAA